CGAAGAAGAAGUAGGAGGAGGAAGUCGUCACGGAACUGUUUCCGGUGUUACUGGGGUCAUACAGAGGGGGAAAGAAGUUCAACUAGUUUUACAAAAUGCUGCUUCGAAGGGUGUUGAGUAUUGGGGGGCUGGCACUGAAACACAGCAGAUCCAUCCAUCACAGUCCUAUAUGGAGGAGUCCUCUGAUACCCAUAGUUGUGGAGCAGACGGGGAGGGGUGAGCGAGCGUAUGACAUCUACUCCCGCCUCCUGAGGGAGAGGAUCAUCUGCGUCAUGGGUCCUAUCGAUGACUCUGUGGCCAGCCUGGUUAUUGCCCAGCUGCUCUUCCUGCAAUCAGAAAGCAACAACAAGCCCAUUCAUAUGUACAUCAACAGUCCAGGUGGUGUGGUGACAGCAGGUCUGGCCAUUUACGACACCAUGCAGUACAUCCUGAAUCCCAUCUCCACCUGGUGUGUCGGCCAGGCAGCCAGCAUGGGCAGCUUGCUGCUGGCAGCAGGGACAACGGGCAUGAGGCAUUCACUGCCCAACGCUCGCAUUAUGGUCCACCAGCUCUCAGGUGGCGCCAGGGGUCAGGCCACCGACAUCGCCAUCCAGGCCGAGGAGAUCCUGAAGCUGAAGAGACAGCUCAACAACAUCUACGCCAAACACACAAGACAGCCGCUGGACACAAUCGAGAGUGUGAUGGAGCGGGACCGCUACAUGAGCCCCAUGGAGGCCCAGGACUUCGGCCUCAUCGACCGUGUCUUGGUCCAUCCACCACAGGCGGGCCAGGAUGAGCCAGAACUGGUGCAGAAGAAGUCGGUGGCAGAAGCAUCCAGUCCCUCACCACAGCCAGAGUCCAGUGAGCCAGAGCAGGCCUCCCCAGGGACUAACACCCCCUCCUCUUACAAACCUGAGCCAUGAACUGUCCACAGUGGUGUGUUGAGAUCUGCAAGCUGCUCCUUGCCAACCCGGCCCGGUUAGAGCCAGCCGAGCCUCCGCGGAGCUUCUCUCGUCUUACGUAGGUCUCUCCUCCCCAGCAUCUGGUUUGGAGUUCUGACUGAAAUCCAGUCAGCUGUGGUCCGUUUGUCCUCCACAGAGGUUGGUUCUGACCCAACAGCAGUUUUACAGGCGGAGCUGAACGUGACUUCAGGGAACACGUCCUUUAUUUGCUCGUCUCAUUUGUAAUAAACAUCCUCACAGGGAAGAAAAUGGCAUUUUUCUCCGGUUAUUUUCUCAUUCACACAGUCCUUCCCCCCAGGAUGAAACGGUCCCCCCGACCCAAACAAAAACAUGCUCAGUGUUUUUCUAUCAUCAGAGAGACGAAAUAAACAUAAUCUAAAGAAAUCUUUUACUAAGUGUCUCUUUUCGUUGCCUGCGAGUAACCAUAAUGAUGCAGGAGUAAAAACCAGAUUUUAAAUAUAAUUUAAAUAUAAAAGUAUUGAAAUGUGCCCUUUCACAGGGUUUCAUGUCUGGAGGCAGCGCACCAAACAGCUCUUUAAAAUAAACAUCCAGUAGAGUCUAAGCUUCAUUUUCUAACUUUCUACAUAAAAACAAAGAUCCCAGCUUUUACUGAACCAUUGAACCGAUGAUCAAACUGAACAGUUUGAUCGUUUCAUGAAGGUUUCUGGAUCUUUCCUGACAUGCGUGAUGCUGCUUCUCAACCCUGAAGGAGCUGUAUGAAGCAGUUUUUCUACCCUCCUUUUUCUAGAGGCAGAGAAUGUGUCUGAAUUCAUUCUGUAAUUGGAGGAAAAUGUAUGGAAAAUCAGAUUUUAACACUAAAUAAACUGAAACACAAUGUCA